AUGGUGCAGAGAGUCUCCGUGGAGAGAGCUGACCUGUCGCUGUCGAAUUCGGUCACUCUGGACUGCAGGAAAGACGCCAUGGUCAUGACGUUGCUUCCUGUUCAAGGUAACUGGAGUGGCCCCAGAGUCUCCAGUGUCAUCUACCUGGGUGACGUCCUUCACAUCGAGGCUUCUGUUGCCGUUGACAACCACGUGCCACUGCGGCUCUACGUCGACAGCUGCAUCGCGACCCUGAGCGGCAACAAGGACUCUGAGCCCAGAUACGCCAUCGUAGACAAGCUUCGCUGCCUGAUGGAUAGCAAGGCUGCAGACUCCUCUUCUUCCUUCAGGAGACCUGCACUGAACAAGCUGCGCUUUGACAUCACUGCUUUCAGGUUCCAGGGGGAUUCCAGGAGUUUGAUGAGCACCUGUGGGAUGAACUUUGUCAUUGCAAUCAUGGUAGCCUACCUUUGUGGCCCAGUUGCAGCUCUCCCUGAGUACAAGCUCUGCAACACGCCUUCCGACAUUCGGAGGUGGGUCUCUGAGGAAAGGUCCUCUGCAGUGUUUGGGUGCUGUGACGCUGGCUCCUGCUCUGGGACACCCCGGUUCCUCCCUCCUCCUCAGAGGCAGGUGGGGAGCUACGGGAUUUCUGCCGGGAUCAACUGGAGAGGAAAGUGGCCGCAGAAGAGAGCGGCUCCUCUUGAUCCAGCUGGCCAGGACCCCCGAGUGCAUGUAAAGGAGAUCACCAUCGGCCCCCUGACCGUGGUGCAUGUGGCCCGAGACCCUGCUGCCGUCCUCUGUAAGGAGUCCCUGUACCACCCCCUGCAGCUUGUGGAAGUGCAGACUCGGGCUCCUCUGUCCCUGUGCUGGCAGUCUCCGCUGUGGCUCUGGCUCUCUCCUGCGCUGUCCUGUUGCCCGUGUUCCUGAAGUGACGCUCCCAGUCUACUGACAAACUUCUCGCUGUGUCUUCAUAAUGUAUUUGAAUAAAAAAAGCCUUGUCAAAGCUAA